CAACACUGCCGUCGGCCUCGCUCCUCUGCUCACCGUUUCAUCUAUUGAUUUUAUUCUUCACUCAUUACUCUCUCUCUAAAACUGCAACUCUUCUGUCUUAAAGAAGAAGAAACGUAGUUUUUGCCUCUUUCUCUCUAUAUCUUCACACUAACUGUGCGCGCGUAUACCUUUUCUUCUGAAAGCUUCUUCGAUAAUGAUGUACAUACAAUUGCGCUGAUAAAAAUAUAUUGGUGGAGUGAUUUCUGUAUCAAUUUGAGCAAUGGCGGCGUCAUCUUCUAGAGGGAGGAGUAGCUCGCCAUUUCACCACAGGAAACCGUCGAGUCCAUACUCAUCUAUGUCAUCAUCAUCAUCUCUGAUGAAUGCUCGCCUCAUGCCGCGCUCGUGCUCUUCCUCCGCCGCUUCGUUUUACGGAGGAGGAGGAGGUGGUGGAUCGAGAUCCAUGACUCCCAGUAAAAGUAGUGCCGACCCCUCGUACUCUCGGGGUUACAACAAUCGUACACCUGUCAGUUACCCUUCAAUGGACGAGGCGCUGAUUGGCGUGCCGCUGGAGACUACUUCGAGAUCGGGAGAUAGCAUUUCAGUGACAAUUAGAUUUAGACCGAUGAGUGAAAGGGAGUUUCAGAGAGGCGAUGAGAUUGCUUGGUAUGCUGAUGGCGAUAAACUUGUAAGGAAUGAGUAUAGCCCCAUGACUGCUUAUGCCUAUGAUAAAGUCUUUGGACCCAAUACCAAUACUCAAGAAGUAUAUGAUGUAGCUGGUCAACCAGUAGUGAAGGCUGCAAUGGAGGGUGUAAAUGGAACCGUAUUUGCUUAUGGUGUUACAAGUAGUGGAAAGACACACACCAUGCAUGGAGAUCAAAAUUCACCAGGAAUUAUACCAUUGGCUAUAAAAGAUGUCUUCAGCAUUAUUCAAGAUACUCCUGGACGUGAAUUCUUACUUCGUGUGUCAUAUCUUGAAAUCUACAAUGAGGUGAUUAAUGAUUUGCUGGACCCAACCGGUCAAAAUUUGCGUGUUAGAGAAGAUGCUCAGGGGACAUAUGUUGAGGGUAUAAAAGAAGAAGUUGUUUUGUCCCCUGGACAUGCACUUUCAUUUAUUGCUGCUGGAGAAGAGCAUCGGCAUGUUGGUUCCAAUAAUUUCAACUUAUUUAGCAGCCGGAGCCAUACAAUAUUCACAUUGAUGAUUGAAAGUAGCGAUCAUGGCGACGAUUAUGAUGGAGUGAUAUUCUCGCAGUUGAACUUAAUUGAUUUAGCGGGAUCUGAGAGCUCAAAAUCUGAAACAACCGGUUUAAGGAGAAAAGAAGGAUCGUACAUUAAUAAAAGUCUUCUAACGCUUGGAACUGUGAUUGGAAAACUAAGUGAAGGAAAAGCAUCACAUGUUCCUUAUCGGGAUUCAAAGCUUACUCGCCUUCUACAAUCGUCUCUAAGUGGGCAUGGACAUGUUUCCCUUAUAUGUACGGUUACUCCGGCUUCAAGCAAUAUGGAGGAAACACACAAUACAUUAAAAUUUGCAAGCAGGGCAAAACGUGUUGAAAUAUUUGCCUCACGUAAUAAGAUAAUUGAUGAAAAAUCAUUGAUCAAGAAAUAUCAAAAGGAAAUAUCAUUUCUUAAGCAAGAACUUGAUGAACUUAAGAAGGGAAUGCUUGCUGGUGUUAGUCAUGAAGAAAUUUUGACCCUAAAACAGAAGUUGGAAGAAGGUCAAGUGAAAAUGCAAUCAAGACUGGAGGAAGAAGAGGAAGCCAAGGCUGCUCUAAUGAGCAGAAUCCAGAGGCUAACAAAGUUAAUACUUGUUUCCUCGAAAAAUACAAUACCAGGAUAUUUGGGUGACAUCUCUCACCAAAGGAGUCAUUCUGCUACUGAGGACGAUUUUCCAUCUAGUAGAAAAAUAGCACUUUGUGUUGUUCUUUUACUAUUGCAUAUUCUUCCUGUUGUCAAUCAGAAGUUGGAUGUUCCACAAGAGAGUUCUUUGCUCAUUGAUGGUGAGAAUCAUCAAGAGUCCCCAUCUUCUGCUUUGUCUAUGUCAUCAGAUGCUAAUGCUUCAAUACACAGAAGAACAUCUAGCAAGUGGAAUGAUAAUUUAUCACAAGCUGGCAGUACAAUAACUGAAACAACUCAAGUCGGGGAACUUAUUAGUGGUUCUUGCUGCACUUCAAAAUUGCCUAUUGAUGAGAUGUCAAUAUCAGAUCAGAAUGACCUCCUAGUUGAGCAAGUGAAAAUGCUUGCUGGAGAGAUUGCAUUCAGCACCAGUACCAUGAAACGUUUGGUAGAGCAGUCUAUUAAUGAUCCUGAAAGCUCUAAAACACUGAUUCAGAACUUGGAGCUUGAAAUCCAAGAAAAGAGGAAGCAGAUGAGAGACUUGGAACAGCGCAUUGUCGAGAGUGGUGAAUCAUCAGUUGCUAAUGCAUCUAUGGUUGAUAUGCAGCAGACGGUCAUGAAACUGAUGGCACAGUGUAGUGAGAAAGGUUUUGAGUUAGAGAUUAAAUCAGCGGACAACCGUAUACUCCAGGAACAGCUGCAGAACAAGUGUGCUGAAAACAAGGAACUGCAAGAGAAAAUUAUUCAUCUGGAGCAGCGACUUGCUUCAGUUUCAGUUGACAAAUUAUCACACUCCUCUGAACAGCGUACUUCCGAUGAAUAUGCUGACGAGUUAGGGAAAAAAAUGCAGUCUCAGGAAAUUGACAAUGAGAAACUGAAGCUAGAACACGUUCGCACUGUAGAGGAAAAUAGUGGAUUACGUGUACAGAAUCAGAAAUUGUCUGAGGAAGCUUCUUAUGCCAAAGAACUAGCCUCUGCUGCUGCAGUUGAGCUGAAAAAUUUAGCUAGUGAAGUAACCAAGCUAUCUGUACAGAAUGCAAAACUAGAAAAAGAAUUACUAGCUGCUCAUGAGUUGGUGAAGUCUAGAGGUUCCAGUUUACAAACUGGUAUUAGUGGAAACCGCAAAUACCACGAUGGGCAAAGGACUGGUCGCAGAGGUCGGCUUACUAGCCGAGCGAAUGAUGGUUCUGGAAUGGUCCAUGAUGACUUUGACUCAUGGAGCCUUGAUCCUGAUGAUCUAAAGAUGGAGUUACAAGCCAGGAAACAAAGGGAAUCAGCUCUAGAAGCUGCCUUGGCUGAGAAGGAAAUUUUGGAAGACGAGUAUAGGAAAAAGUUUGAAGAGGCAAAGGACAGGGAGGCAGCUCUGGAAAAUGAUUUGGCAAACAUGUGGGUGCUUGUUGCUCAGCUAAAGAAAGAGCGAAGUGUUGUGCAAGAAUCAAAGGCUAGUGAUGGACAGAGUGAUGAUACUGAUCGAAACAGUGAAUUAAGAAUGGAUAAUGUUGACUACAAGGAUCCAAUCCUUAAAGAUACACAAGCUCAAGAUUGUACAGCACUAGCUUCUGACAUUUCUGAAGAAGAACCUCUUGUUGUACGCCUGAAGGCUCGAAUGCAGGAAAUGAAGGAGAAAGAACUUAAGCACAACGGGAAUGUGGAUGCAAAUUCUCAUGUCUGUAAAGUAUGUUUUGAGUCGGCCACAGCUGCAAUGCUACUUCCCUGUCGUCACUUUUGCUUAUGUAAAUCUUGUUCGCUUGCAUGUUCUGAAUGUCCAAUUUGCCGCACGAACAUUGCAGAUAGGAUUUUUGCCUUUACAUGACUUGGCACUUCUUAUCCUCGAAAAAGAGGUUGUAAUUGUUCACCAGCUAGUUAUUUUCGUCAAAAUGGGAGGUGUAAUUCUUUCAUUAGUUGAAUUCUAUGCAACUCAUUAACCGGUAUAUCACUGUGCUUUCUUUAUAUUUCUCCCCGAGUAACUGUAAAAUAAAGAGACCCUGGAAAAGGGAAGGAAAAUGGAGAACAUGGUAAAGGCCCGAUGCUUUGCAUCUCAAAUACAUUAGCACCCCAUUGUGAUUCUUCUUUCAAACUGUAUAAUGUGUACAGAACAAUGUGGUUUGAACAGUGUUUUGCUUACUUUGUGUUAUCCAUUUGAACAAUACUAUACCCACUUUCGAUUAUCUUAUCAA